AUGAGUGCGGAAGGUCAUGUCACAAUUUCACCCAAUUGGAGAUGGGAUCUACCUGCAGCCAAUAGGAAUCAUAGAAAAGGAGCUACACUCAUUGGCAAAAUAACCUUUGACCUCACAGAUAUAGCAAACAACGUCUUUCCCUUUAAAACUCUUGUUUUUAUCGAACCUUCUUGGCCACUGUGA